GGCGUGCAGGUUAGGGUGGGAGGGUCAGAGGUCGCCGGGCCAGAAUGCGUUCCUGUGUUGCUAUAUAGUGCAGGGGCACGUGCCCUCCUGCAAAUUCCGGAAGGUUCUCGAGUUCAAUUGGGACAGUGGCUGCGGAAUUCCUGGUCUCCGGCCUGAGGUGCCCGCUGGCCGAGCAGAGGCGUCGCGGGCGCUGCCAUGUUUGGCUGCCUGGUGGCGGGGAGGCUGGUGCAAACAGCUGCACAGCAAGUGGCAGAGGAUAAAUUUGUUUUUGACUUGCCUGAUUAUGAAAAUAUCAACCAUGUUGUGGUUUUUAUGCUGGGAACAAUCCCAUUUCCUGAGGGGAUGGGAGGAUCUGUCUACUUUUCCUAUCCUGAUUCCAAUGGGGUGCCAGUAUGGCAGCUCCUGGGAUUUGUCACCAACGGGAAGCCAAGUGCCAUCUUCAAAAUAUCAGGUCUUAAAUCUGGCGAAGGAAGCCAGCACCCAUUUGGAGCCAUGAAUAUUGUGCGGACCCCAUCUGUGGCUCAGAUUGGCAUUUCGGUGGAGCUGUUGGACAGUCUGGCUCAGCAGACUCCUGUGGGCAGCGCUGCUGUGUCCUCGGUUGACUCCUUCACGCAGUUUACACAGAAGAUGUUGGACAACUUCUACAAUUUUGCUUCAUCGUUCGCUCUCUCUCAGGCCCAGAUGACACCGAACCCAUCUGAAAUGUUCAUCCCAGCAAAUGUGGUUCUGAAAUGGUAUGAAAACUUUCAGAGACGACUGGCACAGAACCCUCUCUUUUGGAAAACAUAAUUUGAAUAAAAUAAUUUGUCGUGUCAUUUAAAAGCAUGAAGUCAAAGGGGUCAUGAAGUCUACCUUUCAAAACUGCUCAGUGACUAUGAAACUUACCAAAACCCCUAUAAACAUUAGAAACACCGAACCAGGAAAAUGUUCAGUAUUGAUUACCUUUCCCCUUAGAAGUGUGAAAUACUUCUUGGAGCAAACGUUUUGUAUCGACUGUUAUUCAUUUCUUAAAAUAAAACCUACUCACAGUAGUAGUAUCUGAAAUGCCAUUGCAUGUGUAACCUUUUGUUCGUCACACAGUGCUUUGCUAGAGUAGCUGACUUGGUUGGUUGGUUCAUUUUAAGGGUCUCAUGUGCCAGAAGCAAAUGAUUACGAGCUUGAUUCACUGUAAAGUUAACUUUAAGUCAACUGUUUCACAAUUAGUUUUGAAAAAUGUCAAAAAUGUCUUUGAAGAUGGGAAAAUUAUGCCGGGUGGUGGUGGCACACACCUUCAAUCCCAGCACUCGAGAGGCAGGCUGGUCUCUGUGAGUUCGAGACCAGCCUGGUCUACAAGAGCUAGUUCCAGGACAGGCUCCAAAGCCACAGAGAAACCCUGUCUCACAAAAAAAAAAAGGGAAAAUUAUCUUCAGGGAGUUUUCUUUCCUCUUCUCCCUGCUCCUGCCUCUCUG